CGUACGUCUAGGCUAAGCCUGUCAUCCACAUACAAGCCUCAACGAUUCAGGCUUUCAUUGGGUCCAGGCUACCAGGACACCACCAGGUACUCUCCGUUUUACUUACUCCGGUGUACGGGCGGGAUGCCGUUCUGCCUCUCGACGUAGUGUACAACCGAAGACAGUUGGCCGAACUGCAUGACAUGAUGCGUCUAAUUUUGCUGCGCAGGUUCGCGAAAACCUUGGAAAAGCGCGUCAGCUUGCAGGGAAGCACAUAAAACUAGCGCAAGAAAAACAGAAGCGCCCUUUCGACAAAUGUCGGAUCGACAUAUAUUUUGAGAAGGAUUCACUCAUGCUACUCAAGACACCACCAGUUGGUGUGAAGAAGAGAAGUGUCUGCGAGGGUCCGCACAGGAUUGUGACGAAGCUUUCGCCUGUGAACUACGAAAUCGGCAGCACUACGUGUUCGGCUACUACGGCAACUCGGCACUACGAGUUCGGCAGCAACGGAGGCGAGAGAUUGUGCAUGUGGAUAAGCUGAAGCCUUACAUUCAGCCUUUAGCUCAGCUACCGCAGACGUAAUUCUGUGCUUCAACUGUGUGGGGGUACUGCAGUUUGAGAGUUCUGAGCAGAACCUACUGGGACAGUUUUUAAAGGGACCGAAAAGUGAAUAUAAACCUAUCGAAACUUUAUGUUCAGUGAAAAGCUUGAACCUUCUAAAGUUCAAAUGUCAAAGAACUCCGCUGAAAUCGCUGUAGUUUUUUUUAAAUCGAAUUUUCGAUGAUUGCAUGUCUAGGUACCUAGUAGGAAACCGGCAGUCUCUCAACAAUGGCAUAACACCGCGCCAUCUGUCGAGGAUGCAUGUAAUACGCGCGCUUCCACUCGCUAAUCCGGUGAAAACGAAAGUGGCUGUGAGCGUCUGCAACCACUUCCUACGUCGAAAAUGUCGAGUCUCCCGAACCUGAGUGCGCUAGAACUCCGCAUUCUAGAACUAUCGCGUGCACAGAACUUCUGUUCGUACGAUAGCAUGCCGGAAAGUGUGUACGUCGCAGCAGAAGAUUCAUCAUCCUCAGAUAUAUCGGAGUCACCGCCGUCCUCACCAGGAUCUGAUCGUGCCGGGAACGCGGACUGGUGUUCUUGCGGGAAGUGCAAACCGAUGGAUACCGCUGACGAGUGUUUGUGCUGCCGGGAGGUAGAGAACGUCUGUAAAAAGCAGACGGUCAACUGCAUUACAGACAACGAAUAUUUCGAGAUACUCUGCCUCGACACCGAAGUUCUGCGAGUGUCUUUUACGUACAUCCGAGAUACUGAAGAGUAUGGCAACAUACGUGACAUCGCCGUGAACAAGAAAUUCCGUUAUAUCGCCUAUCGGCAAUUCACAAGGUGGAUAUGGGGUGGUCUGGGAAAGCACCAUAGGAAGAUUCUUCCUGCCUGCGUGGUGCAUGCCAUUAGGGAUGCUUUUCCAUCAGAUGUGUAUAAGGGCUUUGAACCUGCACACUUGUAAAAAUGUAUAUUGAUGCCUGCAAAUUUUCAUUUCUAGCUUGCUGCGAAUUUUUUCAUUGCU